AUGCGAUAUUGCAAUUGCACAUCCAAUUAUGGCAACGAACGUGUAUUUUCCCACCAAAAAUAAGGCCUGGUACACUCUCUACAUUGAUGUACAACCUCUUUAACACAACGUACUACUUCAUUCAGCACAUAAAAAAGUGUCACCCAAAGUUCGGAUUUUCAGCCUUUGCCGGAUAAAAACAGAAAAAGGUUAACUUCCAAUUGGUCUUUUGGAUAUUUUACACUUCAAAUCAAACAGGAUAUCACCGCUUGCAUUAUUAUAGCAAUCAACGGUGAUGUAGGAGCCAAUAAAGAAGGAGGUCUCUGUGUCUGUAUCUGCGUCUUUGGAUCUCAAAAACAUAUGCAAAAUCCAGAGUACCCGCCUCCCUUUGAAGAUUGAUAAGGCAUGGCGGCAGCAGAAGCACGAACUGCAUGGCAGUGUAGAGCAAACUGUCGUUUUGUGCAAGAAGACGUGAGGAUCGCUCCAAGAUUUUCUUCUUUUCCGUCAUCAUCUUCAUCAAAAGCAGAAUCUGAUAGUGCACCUGAGAAUGCUCCAGAAGGGAUUGAUCACUUCACACCAGGUUGCAUGUCUUAUAACCCAAGUUCUGAACUGGCACCCAACACUAAGUGGUGGUUGAACCUGGAACCCAACUUUGGGCCUCACAAGGAAUUCACGUAUGAACAGCUAAAACUUCUAGAGGCUGAACUUGAAGAUCUAAACUCCGGAUUUGUUAAUAAACCUGCCAUUAUUAGUGACUAUUAUCAGUGCCACGGGGUAAUUAGAAAUCAAAAUGAUAGAAAAAAUACUGUUGAUUCAUUUGUGGAGCAGCCAUGCAAGGUUUCUGUCACUUGUUCAAAAAAUGACCAGAGUAAGGGAAUGCAAGAACUCAAGGCAGAAACUGGUAAUGAUCCUCAAUUGCCUAAGAAAAGGGACCCGGGGGAGUUUUGGUAUUCAGAUGAUCAUCUCAUGAACUUGGAUUCUUUCAACUGCUUGAGCUCUGAAGAACCCAAGAAACUGUCUUCUGGUUUGGAAUCCCAGUGGGUGGGAACUGAGAAAACUGAACCAUGGUGGCGCUCUGCAGGUAAAGAUGAGUUGGCUUCCUUGGUUGCUCAGAAGUCACUUGAACAUAUUGAGAAUUGUGAUCUUCCACGGCCCCAGAUUAAGCAUAGUAGGAAGGGCCCUUCUGCUUUCGACCCUAAUUCAUCAAUUGAUCAGAUGGCUGAAUUGGGUUUCUCCAAUAUGGACACUUAUACAUGGGGAAGCUUUACUUCAGGUCACUCAACACAUGAGUCUGACAGUCCAUCAAGCCAAAACAAUGAUUACGGUACAAUCAGCAAGGAUGAGGUUGCAACCCAAAAUAACGCAGAAGAUGAUCGAAGUAAAGCUGAGCUGUUGGAAGCUUUGUGUCAUUCUCAAACGCGAGCAAGGAAAGCUGAGGAAGCAGCACAGCAAGCCUAUACAGAGAAGGAGCACAUUAUCACACUGUUUUUGAAACAGGCAUCACAACUCUUUGCCUACAAGCAGUGGCUCCAAUUGCUGCAACUUGAAAACUUCUGCCUCCAGCGUAAUAGUAAAAAAGAACCAAUUUCCGGGCUCUUUCCAGCUUGCUUUCCAUGGUCCCCAUACAAAGGCAGGCACAUGAAGAAGGGCCAGCGCAGGGCUGGAAAGAGAAGUGGCAGACCAAGGUACGAGAUUAGCAAGGGUGCUGUUGCUUUUGCACUGGGAUUGGGUCUUGCCGGUGCCGGUUUGCUCCUUGGAUGGACAAUGGGGUGGUUGUUUCCAACUAUUUAAUCUUGAUGCUUGUCAGUUGGUAGCUUGCUUGAAUGGUAUUUGCUCUUCGUGAUGUGGCUGGGUUACAUAGGAUUGAUACACGAGAUUAGCAACUUUUUUUCAUUAUCUCUGUUAGUACGCAUCAACUUGUUCAGAUUUGUUAAUCCUGUAAAUACCAGAACUGGUUUUUUUGUACAAAAGAUGUAAUUAAUUAUGCACAUGUAUGUAACCAUGUAAUCAUGCGUAUGUAACCAAUCUUUAUUUCAUGUGUUCC